CGCCCUUUGUGUGUCGCAGCUGCCCCAGUUUGCGCAAUUGCUCAUAGGAGAAUAGUCAUCGCCACGCGACUUGACACGGUGCCAGGCUAAUCAACGUUGGUUGACCCCGCUGGCAGUGCUGUGAAUGCUCUCUCUCACAAGCACGCGAUUGUUGCUGGUACCACGACAACAAAACAUCUUCCCCACUCUGCGCUCGGUUGCGCGGUACUCGCUGCGACAUCGCUGUACACAUAGACGGCUCUUGCCCCAGACUUCCACCACCACCACCACCCCUCGCCUCGCCAGACACAUCGUGUCGUCGACAAGGACAACACACGGCGGCAACAUGGCAGAAGAGCUGGGAAGGAGCGUCGGCGCGCGGCAGCGAAUCGAGCAUCUGGAGAGGCCACAGCUCGACGACCGCGCGUACCGCAUCAUCACGCUGCAGAACCAGCUCGAGGUGCUGCUGAUACACGAGGCGGGCACCGACAAGGCCAGCGCCGCCCUGGACGUCAAUGUGGGCAGCUUCAGCGACGCCGAGGACAUGCCAGGCAUCGCGCAUGCCGUCGAGCACCUGUUGUUCAUGGGCACUGAAAAGUACCCCCAAGAGAAUGCCUACAACCAGUAUCUGGCCAAGCACGGCGGCCACUCGAAUGCCUUCACCGCCGCCACCGACACAAACUACUACUUCGAGCUCUCCUACCCGUCCUCGACAUCGACAGGUGGCAAGGCUGCGACACCAGAUACCCCGCAAGCGAGCCCGCAGGACCUGAAAGACGAGUCGCCGCUGUGGGGAGGACUGGACCGCUUCGGCCAGUUCUUCAUUGCCCCGUUGUUUCUUGACAACGUGCUCGACCGCGAGCUAAAGGCCGUCGAUUCAGAGAACAAGAAGAACCUCCAAAACGACACAUGGCGGCUGCAUCAGCUCAACAAGGCCUUGGCCAAUCCCGAGCACCCCUAUUGCCACUUCUCGACAGGAAGCUGGAAGACGCUGCACGACGACCCCCUCGCGCGAGGCGUGAAGAUACGGGACGAGUUCAUCAACUUCCACUCGACGCACUAUUCGGCGAACAAGAUGAAGUUGGUCGUUCUGGGCCGCGAGAGCUUAGAUACCCUGGAAGAAUGGGUCGAGGAGAUCUUCGACAAGAUACCAAACAAAGACCUGCCUCGCAGUCGCUGGGACAUGCCCGUCUACACCGAGAACGAGCUGCUCACCCAGACUUUCGCCAAGCCCGUACUCGAAACGAGGUCGUUAGAGCUACAAUUCUUAUACCGCGACGAGGAGGAGUUUUACGAGUCGCAUCCGUCAAGGUAUCUCAGCCACUUGGUCGGCCACGAAGGUCCAGGCAGCAUCCUUGCCCACCUCAAGGCCAAGGGUUGGGGUAACAGUCUUGGGGCGGGUGGCUCCACACUCUGUCCUGGCUCAGGCCUGUUCCAAGUCAACGUGAAGCUGACCGAGGAGGGGUUGAAAAACUACCAAGAGGUCGCCAAGAUCAUCUUUCAAUACAUCGGCAUGAUCCGCGAUCAGCCACCUCAGAAAUGGGUAGUCGACGAGCAGAUGCAGAUGAGCGAGGUUGAUUUCAGGUUUAAGCAGAAAAGUCCUCCCAGUGGAACAGCAAGCUCCCUUGCGGGCGUCAUGCAGAAACCCUAUGACCGCACAAUGUUGCUGAGCGGGCCAGCUGUUAUUCGCAAGUUCGACGCAGAUCGGAUCAGUGAAGCCAUGGAAUUCUUGCGACCGGAUAACUUCCGUAUGGUGGUUGUCAGUCAGGAGUUUCCUGGUGGAUGGGAUAGAAAAGAGAAAUGGUAUGGCACAGAACACAAGGUCGAAAAGCUAUCCAAAGAUUUCCUCGACGAGAUUAAACAGGCAUUCGAGAGCAAGAGCAGGCCAGCAGAGUUACAUUUCCCGCACAAGAACGAAUUCAUUCCAACUCGUUUAGACGUGGAGAAGAAGGAGGUAGAGGUACCGUCAAAAGAGCCAAAACUCAUCAGGAAUGACGAGAACGUACGCAUCUGGUGGAAAAAGGAUGAUCAGUACUGGGUCCCCAAAGCCAAUGUGCACAUCUACCUGAAGACACCCAUAACAAAUGCCACGGCGCGUGUUGUGCUCAUGUGCACUUUGUAUCGCGAUCUUGUCAACGACGCCCUAGUCGAGUACUCAUACGACGCCGAUAUCUCUGGCUUAGGCUAUGAUUUCACAAACCAUCUCAACGGCUUAUCAGUCACCAUCAGCGGAUACAAUGACAAACUCCACGUCUUGUUAGAAAAGGUUCUCUUACAGGCACGAGAUCUCGAGAUUCGCCCAGACCGCUUCAAGAUCGUCCAUGACAGGAUGCUGCGCUCUUUACGUAAUUCGGACUACUUACAACCGUAUCACCAAGUUGGAUCCUACACACGAACUUUCAAGAGCGAGAAAGCUUUCAUGAACGAGGAUCUUCUAAAAGAAUUAGAUGGUGUCACCGCGCAAGACGUGCAAGAAUUCUACCCCCAGAUUCUCGCCCAAUGCCAGCUCGAAGUCCUUGCACAUGGUAACUUGUACAAGGAGGAGGCGUUGAAGCUUACAGACCUUGCAGAACGCACGUUGAAACCCAAGAAGCUUCCUGCAUCCCAGCUGACCAUCAAACGAAACCUGGUGUGGCCAUCAGGUAGCAACUUCAUCUACGAAAAGCAGCUUAAGGAUCCAGCUAAUGUGAACCACUGCAUCGAGUACAGCGUGUAUGCUGGUGAUCGCUACGAUAAGGUGUUGCGCGCCAAACUCAUGCUCAUCGGGCAGAUGACGGACGAACCGUGCUUCAACCAGCUGAGGACAAAGGAACAGCUCGGCUAUGUAGUUUUCUCCGGCUACCAAUUCCAGGAUACUUGGGCCGGGUACCGCAUCUUGAUUCAGAGUGAAAAGGACUGUCGAUACCUCGAGGGCCGGAUUGAGAACUUCUUGACUUCGUUUGAGAAACAGCUUGAAGAGAUGAGUGACGAAGACUUCCAGGGUCACAAGAAGGCGAUUAUCAACAAGAGGAUAGCGAAGCUGAAGAACCUUGGGCAAGAGGACGCGAGGUUCUGGAGUCAUAUUUACAGUGAUUCAUAUGAUUUCUUGCAAGCGGAUGUCGACGCCCAAGCCAUCGAUCAACUCACCAAAGACAGCGUCGUGGCCUUCUUUGCCCAACACUUUUCUCCUUCGUCUCUCCACCGCGCCAAGCUUUCCGUCCAUCUACAGGCGCAAUCCAAACCCAAAGAACCCACUCUCGACGAGAGAAAAGAAUCCUCUAUCAACGCGCUUAAUGUCAUACUUGCAGAGCAUAAAGUUUCGCCCGAUACCGACGCUCUCAAGUCCCGCAUUGACAAUGUAUCUUCUGUAGACGCUAUUUCAGAUACAUUGGCGAAAUAUGUUACUGAAGACCUAAAACUUGAAAAGGAGACCGCAGAAAAGGUCAUUGACGAGGCGGAAGCAGCGCUAGGUCUUUCUGAUGCGGCUGUAUCGCUGGACGCAGAUAACAAAGAUGGCGUGGUGCCGGUGCUUGUUCAUGACGUCCACGCUUGGAAGGCAGAAGUACAAGUCGGCAUUGGGGCAAAGCCUGUAAGGAACUUGGAGGACUUUGUUGAGGUUGCAGAAAAACUUUGAGUAUGGGCAAAUGCCUGUGGUAUUGUACCAACAUAACUUGGAUAGGCGGACAAAGAGGUCAGGCGUAGAGGAACGUAAAGGUAGAUAGAAAAGAGCGGAUCAACCUCGUUUAAACGUUUGGCGGUGUCAUGUAUUAAGAAAUCAAGACAUAUUCUGACAAAUUGUCUCUCACUAGAGCUUUUCUGUCA